AUGGCUUCUCCCUCCGAAGCAUCUCUCAUCUCCAAGCUUCAGUCCUCCGAUUCUCCCGGCAUUCACGCCCUAGUCUCCGAUUAUCUCCGCCCCCUCGCGGAUCUCAAGUCAACAAAGAAAUCCAACCCCGACCCAACCCUAAUUCGCUCCCUCGCCAAGCGUUUCCUCUCCUUCCUCAACUCCUCCCUAUCCAUCCUCCCCAAACGUAUUCCCGAGAUAUCCAAGUCAAACGACGGCGUCUUGCUCCUCGAACUGUUUCGCGUGUACAGGCUCUGCCUCGAUUGCUUGGACACCGUCUGUUCUCAGUUGGCAUCCAAGCCAUUUUCCGUCGAAUUCCAGAGACUUCGCUUGAUGAACUGCCUCGAGUCCUGCGCCCUGUUCGCUGAAGCCGAAGUGGAGGGUUUAAGGCUUCUGGAGAAGCUUCGACCGGUGAAGACGAAGGACAAGCUUCUCCCUGAAAUAGAUAAGGGCUGCGGAGAUGGUAAAGACUUAUGCUCGUUGGUAGUUAAUAUUGCUGUGAGCCUCGUGAGGUGUGCAUCCGCGGGUUUGGCUAAAGAUGUUCAUUUCAGGAAGGUGCUUCAGUUGGUGGAGGAAGUAACUCCUUGGCUCAGGGAGUUGGAUUCUAAUUCGUAUGAGAAGUUGCACAAGAUGUUAGUCAUCCAUCUGGGUAAGUGCACUUUAAAUUUAUUGGAGAGGACACCAUUUCCUGAUAAGGAAUUGGUGAUGUUGUUUUGCUGUACAACGUUGACCAAGUAUGUGAAAUCUCCAGUCAAAGAUCAAGUCUUUAAGAUUGCUCACAGGAUAUGUUCAUCAUUGUUUGCACUGCGGGAUAAUAAUUCGUUGUAUAUCAUGGGCAUACUGGAUUGCAUAGUUCGGGAGUGCAAGGUUGAGGAAGGAAACGCUGGAACAGAAUUUUCUGAACUUGUAUAUUACUGUGUGAAUAAAUGUCAAACUGCAAAUGCAAGCUUUUGUAGUACAUUUGCAGCAUAUUUGAACAAAACAGCAGAACAUUUCAAAGAGGCUAUUCUCCUCCACAUUCUGUAUUCCACUUUGAUUGAAGUAGCUGGGCAGGUUAUGACACCCAUUAAUUCAAUAAUGAGGCUUUAUGCUGCUGGAUUGCUCCUUGUUAGUUGUAAUUUAAGGUCCAGAACUGGAGAUGUUGCAUCAUCAGGCAGUGCAAAAUUUGGGUGUUUGCUUGGAACUUUACUUGAAAACAAGAAAAUUGUACAGAAUUCACCGUCAUUGCUUGGUUCCUUGAAUAUUUGCAGCAGAAGUAACUGUAUGUCAUCCAGAGUAGAAGACCAAUGUAUAGCCGGUAUCCCAUGGACACUAUCAGGUUUCAAUAUUGAGGCUUCUAUGACUUACCUAUCAGUUUAUGUAGAGGCAUUGAAAUUCCUAUGCCAACCACUUGCUAAAUCAAUUAAUUCAGAUAGGAAACAGUUUGUUACUGAAGUGGAUGAUGCUUUGGAUAUGACUAUGAUGUCUACUGAGAGCAAGCAAUUAAUUAAGCAGAUUAUUGCUAGCAAAUGGAUUGAAACAGAAGGGUUAAAUUACAUUAUUGCUUGUCUCAACAAUAUUGCUGUAGUUUUGUACAGAAAUGGGCAACUAGAAAAGGCUUCAAAGGUGCUAAACUUGUGCUGUAAAGCUUCAUGGCUCUGUAUUAAGUAUCAUUGUGCUAAUCUGUCGGAAGGCGCUCUGAAAGAAUUUGUAAUGGAGGCUUGCACCAGAAGUGCUCUUCUUUUAGAUAUUAACUAUGAUGUCAACAAUCUAAAGAUAAACAAAAAAAUGGUUGAUAUCCUUAAAAACUGGUUCACUGCUAAUGAUUUGUUUGAUAGACUUCCAGUACCUAUACCUGUUGUAAAGCAGUGGGUAAAGAUACAAUGUAAACGUGCUACCCAGGUGGAUGAGAAAAUUGAUUCUCCUAGCUUGUAUUGCCUACUGUCAUCUUCUAUUCAAUUGUCAAAGAGGAAUAUUGCCAUGAUCUUGGAGCAGGAGCUUACUGCAUAUGAGGAGAUGGGUUUUAAAUACUCAGAAAUAUGUCAGAAAAUGCAAAUGAAAAUCACAGGUAUUCUCCUGCAAGAUAUAUACAUCGCUCCAGAUAGUCGUUUUCAAAUGGCUCAAACUCUAGUGAGAAAGGGAAAGGCAAUCAGGGUCAGGGGCAUAAGUGGUCUCUGGGACUGCAUUCAGUGUCUUUCAGAUGCAAUAGUUAUUAUGAAGGACAUUUCUGGUGAGAUGUGUACUGACAAUAGUCCCAUUGUUCAUCACCUGUGUGUGACAUAUUGCUUGCGUGCAAUAUGUACACAGGAAGCUGAUGCCAAUUCAGAGUUAAGGCUUAGCUUGGUUUCCCUUAUUGAUAUGUUGAGGGAUGAGGCAAUUACUAAUCUUGGUUUAUACACUAAGCAGCAAAUAUUUGAAGAUGUCAAGGCUGCUUUGGAUAUAUGGUUGAGCAAUUCGCAUCUUAAUCACUUAGAAGAGGGAGAUUGUUCUGCAUUAUCUGACAGUUUAAUGAUUCUACUCUAUAACAUAAUUGAUUUAUUACAAUUGAAGGGUUUCAUGGAAUUGAUCAAUGAUGCAUAUCGAGCGGUGAUUAAAAUGUUUAAAUGGAAGAAUAUUCCAAUUGAGAAAUGGUUGACCUUAAUGUGGGAAAGUAGAAGUCUGUGUCAUGCCCUCUGUGUUUCACCUGUUAAUGAGGAGUUCAUCAUAAAUUCAUUGGAUGAGAAUUCUUGCAAUCAUGGAAGCUCUUUUCAAACAGACAUCACAAUUGAUGAAGUCCAAAAAGCAGCACUUGCUCUGAUUUCAAAUGUUCCUGUCCCAAGUCAUUCUGCAUUUCUUGCCGGAUGUCUAUUCUAUGAUUUGUGCCCAAGACUUGUAGCAAAUGGACAGUUAAUAGAGGCUCUUUCCUCUGCAAAAGAAGCUCAUAGAUUACUUGCUAAACUCUUCCAAAGGAAGUUUACACAUAAUGUUCAGCAGCACAAUGAAGAGGACAAUGUUAUAGUUGACUCCUCAAAGAAUGUUAUGGAUGCUGUUGAGAAUAUUGGACUGAACUUAUCAGUUGCGAGGGAAAUUUUUCUAUUUGAUUCUAUAUCAUGGGACUUGGAAGACAGUUAUCUUAGUGCAUGGAAAGUUAUGCAAUUUUAUCUUGAGAGCACUCUUCAGGUAGGAAUCCUUCAUGAAAUGAUUGGAGAUGGAGCUGAGGCUGAAACCUAUCUCAAGUGGGGGAAAGCCAUAUCCUGUUCACUAAAGCUGCCUUUAGAUUGGGAUUUAGCGAAAAAGGAACUUCAAAGUGCUGAACAGAUUUUACAGGAAAGCAGCACACCAUUUUGUUGCUCAAAGUGUAAAUUGAAACUUGAAGCUACUCUGUAUGAGUAUCUUGGAGAUUUGUGUCAAAGUAAAUUUAGCACUUGUGAUGGGGUUAUGUCUGAAGAGACUGCACAAAAUUGGUAUACAUCAGCUCUGGAAAAACUAGAUCUUUCUGAGUGGAAAAAUCCUCUUAGUUGUCCUGAAGAUGGCAGUGAUGGCACUGCAACAGAUAUAAAAUGUCCUGCUGGUAAGACUUGUGCUUGCUUUAUAAUGAAAGAAGCAGCUGAAAAUGUAAAUAAAUCCACAAAUGUGGAGCGAGGAACUGACAUUGGGGCAAAACAAAAUAGAAACACUAAAAAUUCUGCAAAGUUUUUAGCAAAGGAACCAAACAUAGUGGUUGAAAACAAAUCAAGGAUGACUCGUUCUAGAUAUCGAUCUGCACAGAGCCAAGAUACAAGCAUUUACAGGAAGUCAGAAGUCCUUAAAACUCUAGAGGGAAAUAACGUUUCUGACUCAUCUGAUAUUAGUCAAAAUGGGUCAGUUUUGAGCAAGAUAGUGAAAUGCUUUGCACAUACUGGUCAAAUUGAGGAAACACGGAAAUUUCUUCUAAGAAGCAUAUUGGUUCUUGUCAGCAGAAACGCAUUCUACCCUAAGUUUUUAUCUAUUCCUCUAGAUUAUUUUCAUCAUUUGGUUGCAAGGGAGAUCCCAGGAGAUGUAUUUACUAUUGAACGUGCAGAAAUAGUUCAUGACAUAUGUUGGUAUUCUUUGAAGAGCUACCAUUCCAAGCAUGCAAGGAACUUUUUCUGUAAUCUGUCUUCCAUAAAGUUUGAAGAUCUGGCUUCUUGGCUGAUGGUAGCUUUUGUACUUUCUCGUGACGUUCCUGUAAUCUUUCGAAAGGUAUCAAAAUUACUUGCUGUGAUGUGUGUAGUUUGUUCAAUGAGUGAGCAAUUUUCUCUGUCGUCUUUUAGCAAAGCUUUGGGUGAAAAUUAUUGGUCAUCAUAUUUCCACCAAGCUUCAAUUGGAACUCAUCUUACUUAUCAAUUUCUUUCACAUCCAACUGGGAGAUGCAAGGGUUCAUAUGUUAUGGGAUCUUCUAGCAUCAAAGAGUGCACAUCUGACUUACUCAGGCUCGUGCCUGAUACCACUGUAGAUCUUGCUGAGUAUGUGAAGAAAUUUUUCGCUGGUCUUCCAUCAACAACUAUAAUCAGUAUAAGUUUGCUUGGACAUGAUUAUGUUAGUUUACUACAGGAAUUGUUGCCUUAUCCCACACGUGUUCGAGCAUGGAUGCUGAUUUCUAGACUGAGUCUUAAGAACGAACCUAUCGUAGUGUUAAUGCCACUUGAUUCUGUUUUACAAGAUGAGGGUGAUCUGAGUACUGGUUCAGGCACUUUUCCGAAGAGUGAGGAACAUAGUGAAAAAUGGUGUUGCCCAUGGGGUUUCACAGUUGUCGAUGAUGUGGCUCCAGCAUUCAAAACAAUUUUAGAAGAAAAUUACUUGUCAACAAUAUCUCCUUUCGAAGAUACAGCGGAGAAUAGGAUGGUAUGGUGGAAGCGGAGAAAGAAUCUUGAUCACCGUCUUGAUAAUUUCCUGAGGAACCUUGAAGAGUCGUGGUUUGGUUCAUGGAAAUGUUUACUUCUUGGAGAAUGGUUGAACUGCAAAAAUUAUGAUUUGGUGCUAAAGAAUCUUGUGAAUAAUUUAAGAUCUAGAUGUAAAUUGGAUGUUAGUGAGGGCCUUCUUAGAAUUAUUCUUGGAGGCUCCAAAUAUGUUUGUGAUAGGAAAACAUUGGUUUCACGACUAUGCUCAAAGAAAGACUGCUACAUUGCUAAAGUAGGAUAUUGUGAUGAAGCAAGAAAGGGGAUAUUGCUAAAUGCCGCCAAUGAAUUUGGAAUCUCGUCGGACAAUGCUUUGGAACUAUUAAGUGAGGCAUUAAAUGUGCUUGAAGUGGAUGACUCUUUGAAUAGAGAACCUAUAAUUCUUGUGUUGGAUCAUGAGGUGCAGAUGCUUCCUUGGGAAAACUUGCCCAUCCUAAGGAACCAGGAGGUUUAUCGAAUGCCUUCUGUGAGCUGCAUUUCUGCUGUUCUUCAUAAAGACGGCGACCAUAAGGAACCAAUAGGAAGGAAUUUAGUGUCCUUCCCUUUGAUAGAUCCACUGGAUGCUUUUUAUCUUGUAAAUCCAGAUGGUGAUCUCAGCGGCACUCAGACUGAAUUUGAGAAUUAUUUUAGAGAUCAAAACCUGGAGGUAGUGUAG